AUGAAGGAAGGAAGGAAGAGAAAAGGAAUAGGGGACAUGGGUCGUGGAGUAAGCAGUGGUGGAGGACAGAGCUCGUUGGGGUACUUGUUUGGCACUGGUGAGGCCCCAAAAAUGGCUUCCCAGAAAGCUAAAGCUGAAACUAGUGCUGCAGGUAAAGAACAGUCUCCAAAGCCUAAUGCAGCCCCUCAGCCAGUGGAUGUCGCCAAACAGAUCCCAGCCGGCAUUCAUAGUAGCACGGCUAAUAACCAUGUCCGAGCAGAUGGUCAAAACACAUGCAAUUUCAUCACGGAUCGACCAUCAACUAAGGUCCAUGCUGCACCUGGAGGAGGUUCGUCUUUAGGUUACCUUUUUGGUGGGGGUAGCAACUAA